CUCCCUCAGCAAAGCGUCGGAUGGCACCAGAAACGAAGGCCUAUGCGUCUGCAUCUGACGUCCUCCAAGAGGAGUGGGAGAAACUGAGCCGGCAGCUUUGCGGUCGUGUGCUGACAGAGAAAGACAAGGCGUACGACGAGGUGGGUGGCAAACACACAAUGCAAGCGCCACCAGCAGGCCCCCGCAGACACGCACAGCACAAGAAAGGGAUUGUCUGUCUGUCUGCCUGCCUGUCUGUCUGCAGGCCCGGCUGCAGUGGAACUUGGACCUGCUGAAGAGGCCUUCCCACAUCAUCAGAUGUGAGAGCGUCAGCGACGUACAGGUGGCCGCAAAGCGGCUCCCAUGAUCACAGGCUCUGAUUGUGUGUUGUCUGGUCUUAUGGUCUAUCAGCUGGCUGUCAAGUUUUGCAGGAAGCACUCCCUGGAGCCCACAGUGGCGGGCGGGCGUCACAGCCCCUACUGCUUCAAGGAUGAUACGGUGGCCAUCGACCUGGAGGGCCUGCACGGCGUGCACGUCGACACGGACAAACGCAUUGCCCACGUGCAGGGCGGGGCUCGCCUCAAGCAUCUGGACAGCGAGUGUGCCAUCCAUGGGCUGCACGUCGUGGCGGGGCACAACUCGACGACGGGCGUUGCGGGCUUGACGCUUGGCGGCGGAGUCGGGUACCUCAGCCCCUUCUGGGGCCUCACGGUCGACUCAUUCCCGUCAGCACAACUCGUCACGGGUGCGAUACGCCUCACUGACCACAGCAUAGUCUCUAUGUGUGUAUCCAUCCACUUGUGUGUCGGUUGCUGUAUCAGCUGAGGGUGAGAUCGUGGAGGUGAGUGACGACCUGCACCCCGAACUGAUGUGGGCGUUGCGCGGCUCCGGAUGGUCCGUGAGCUGCAUGUCUGCGAAGCAAGACCACCCGCCGGCACCCCUCUGGGACGAGUGUAUGUGUUUGCAGGAACUAUGGCAUCGUGACGCGCUUUGACUUUGCCCUUCGGCCAGUCACAACCGUCUUCGCCGGCGUGGCCCAGGUCAGUAUACACAGACAGACACAUAGCUGGGAGAAAUGCUGCACCCCCCAAUGGAUGUGCGUGUGUCUUUCUGUGUUUGUGGAUGCAGUGGCCGCUCAGUUACGAGACCAGCUCAAUGAUAACCGAACUUGUUCGCGUGGUCUACGACGAGUUCACCGACCUGGCGCUGACAGUGGCCUUUGCUAACCCCGACGGGCAGCAGCCGAUAGCCAUCUGCCAGCCGUGUGCCCUCGAUCCAGAGAAGGGCCAGCAGGACUGGGAGAGCGCCAAAGCGCGCGUCGCCCUGCCGCCACCCUUGAUGGAGCAGGUGGGCACAUACAAACACACACGCGCGUGGCUAGGUGGUGCUGUGAACGAGCCGUGAAUCAAUGGGUUUUGCUGGUUGCCGUAUGCAGGUUGGUCCGAGGCCUUACCGGGAGCUGCAGGCCAUGAUGGAGCCGAUGCAGCCGCCCAGCCACAUAUACGAGAAGGGGUGGCUCAUCCGAGACUUCACCACGCAGGUGGCGGACGAGGUCGUCGAUGGUGGGUGAGCCCACACGGCAGCAGAGGCAGAGGACAGUCGAAGAUAUGCACCAAGGCAGCAGCAACCGACAGACAGGAGGGACAGUUCUGCUGGCUUCCUUUUGUGUUGUGGUGCGUUUGGUGCAGCAUUGGCUGAGAGGCCCUUCCCUGGCUGCGUAAUGGCUCUGGCGCCGUUCGGCAAGGCGGUGGGCACAGACAUGCAUCAACGAACGCAUCGGGGGGUCUGGGUCAUCGACGGUGACGUGUGUGUGUCUAUUGGUGUGUCGUGUCGCCAAUGUGUGUUUGUGUAGGCGAAUGGAGUGUCUGACGAGGCGACGGCCUUCUUCAACCGCAAGUCGCGCUUCUGGCUGCUCAUCUUGGGAUUCUUCCCUGAGGGCGCUGACAACCGGCAAAAGGCAAUGGACUGGUCAAGAAAGGUGACCAGAAUAGCACGGCACAGCCACACGAACCGCCCUGCCUGCCUCCACACGCGCACUGUCUCUUCUGUCGGUCUGUCUGUCUGUCUGUCUGUCCGCAGGCGCACGGUGCGUUUGCCGAGUACAGCACUGGCAGGUACAUCAGCGUGCUUGGCGGGAUCGAGGAGGACAAAAUGGACAGCAUCUACGGCGCCAACCUGCAGCGCCUCCAGGAGGUCAAGCGCCAAUGGGACCCUCACAACUUCUUCCACCACAACCGCAAUGUCAAGCCGUAGCCAGACAAGCGGGGUGCGGGAGGGGAGUAGUUUUUCGUACGUUUAGGUUAGUCCUCGAUGAAUUCAUUGAGCUCCCUCCCUGCCUGCUGGUGUCUGACCACAAUGUUGUGCAGUCACUUUUAUGUGAGCCAAUGAGGAGAAACGAGACGGACGGCGUAGCCAGACGAUGAACCAUGAGAUGGAUGGAUGGAUCGAUCGGGGUCGACAAGGGUUUGGACCUGGCUGCAUAUCUUCAUGUGUGUGAGAAAGGUUCAACAGGAUGCACCCAAGUCGACUAUAGGGUGAGCAUCUUCAGCGC